CGGAUUCGGAUUCGGAAGCAGACGAGUGGCCGGGGGCGGCGCGCUUAGUUGGUCGAGAGGGAAAAGAGCGGCUGUAUCAACUAUCAUGUGGAAGGGAAAGAUGGAUUGAUCACGACGUACGUUGAUUAACCAUCCAUCACAUCGCUCUGGGCUGUGAUCUGAUCCGAUUCAUUGGUCCAACCUCCCUCCGCUUCUUCAACCCGCGCCCUCUCUGAUUCGUGUCGAAAUCGCAACGCUCAAAGCAAGAUCCAUCAUUGCACAUUUCAUCUUCCAUCUUCAAAGAGACGCUGCAAGCUUCUCAAAGCAACACAAAGACAAGACACAACUAGCUAGCUAGCUAGGCAGGCAGGCGGGCAGGCAGGCAGGCAGGCAUACUACUCGCACGUGUACCGAGAACAAAGGGUUAGACAAGAUGCCUGCGCCUCAAUUGCAGAGCAUAGAUGGGGCCAAAAAGGCCAUCCAAGACAUUCUCGAAGCCAUGUCGUCACCCGAAUCUCCCGGAUUUUCGCGCUACGCUCUGGAUCCAUCCGUUAGCUUGACCCACCUCUCCCGUUCAGAGGAUCAAAAGAGCGCAAAAGUGGUGCUCAAGAUGCGCAUCAAUGAGGGCAUGGCCAAUCAGCUGGGUAACCUUCAUGGUGGGGCUGGCGCUACCAUUGUGGAUUGCGCUACUUCCAUGGUCCUCUAUCUGCACACAUCCGGCAUCUCUGGCGAUCCCUGGUCCUACCUAGGCGUCUCGCAGUCCAUCCAGAUGCUCUACUUUGCGCCCACACCCGUCGGCGCAUGGGUAGACAUCGAAGUCAACUCCUUGACCGUCGGCAAGAGCGUGGCUGCUAUACAGUGCGACAUCUGGUUGAAGGAUGCAGAGGAUGGUAAGAGGUUGAGGAGGACUACGAGCGGAACGCACACAAAGAUUGAUAACUCUUCCCAGGCGAAAAUGUGAUUGUCCUGCGAUCGCAAUGCAUUCUGAUUGAGGAUUGCGUUGUCGCGAGGGCAUCGCGUUGAUACACAUUCGCGGGAGACGACCAGGAACCGAAUGUAGACAGAUCUGGGCAUGUCACUUGUUCGCCGGGCAUGAAGCUCUGUGCUGCAAACGCCGCGCCGAUGGCUGGGGACGGCGAAUCUUGUGUUUAGACGUUGCCUCCCCUUGCAGAAGUCUACGCCGCCGCUAGUGUCUCUUGCGUCUUGCUCCGACAGCACUCGCCAAUGGCUAGCAUCAAGUGAUGCUCGCAUUCCGGUUUGUGCUGCCUUGCGACUUGCGCGGAGCAACGACUGAAGUCGAUAGCAAGCUGACCGUACUUGUGCGCUGAUGCGAUUGAUGCAGACUUUGCCCUUGCAGUGCACUCGGCCGCACGCGCUGUCCAGGUAGCAAAAUUUCAACCGGACUCGAAGUUUAAGCAUCUCGACGUGAGACGACUGAUUGACGAUCAGAAAUGGGGA